UGCGGUCCGGCCUCCAAUUAGGGUUUUCUUCUGUCUCGAGGACCAAGCCAUGGCGAGCCUGCGGAGUCUUGCCUCACGCAAGCGACGCCGCGCAUCAACCACCGUUGAGGCCGAUGCCGGCGUGCCCGACACCGCUGAAAACCACAGCGGCGACGAUGCCAGGAUGCUGGAUGAUGAUGCUUCUCCCAGUCAGAGUUUAUGGAGUGCGAGCACCAAUGGCGACGCGACGGCAGCGGGAACACCCGCCUCCACGUGUGGAUCCAGACAGCCUCGAACCAAGUUCAUCAUCGGCCUCGACUACGGCACCACCUUUUCGUCCGUGUCCUAUGUCAAGUUCGAUCCCGAUAACCCACCCCUGACCCUGCGCGGCGAGCAGAUCCGUUCCGUCACACAUUGGCCAGGGGCUGCUAACCGCUCGCGCAAUCCCGAUGUCCCCAGCGAGAGUUGGUAUCUCGGGGAUCAAUUCCACUGGGGCUACGGGGCUCGCAAGGCUACUAUGGCGAGUGAUGACGACAAUCUAGACUGCAGAAACCGGAUUAUUCAAUAUGCGAAGUUGCUCCUUCCUGGGGACCAGAAGGAUACCAGGGGCCCCCGCCAGGAGCUGAAGAGAACGUUACACAAGGCGAAAAAGGACGAAGUGGAUGUGACCAGGGAUUACCUCUUUGAGGUGAUGGCGCAUACCAAGAAGUUCUUGGGGGAUAGGGAAGGGCUUGAUGCCGGGUGCGAGGUGGAACUCGUCCUCUGCGUCCCUGCUGGAUGGCCGCACAAAGCCAUACGUACCAUGCAGGAAAUUUUGCUGGAUAUCGCACGUCGACUCGAACUGGGUGACCUUGCUCCUCCAUACGUUCUUAAUGAGCCUGAGGCCGCUGCUGCCUAUAUUCUCGAAGCGGGAUCGGGAACGGAAAAACUGACUGCAGGCGAGGUUUUUAUUGUCUGCGACGCCGGUGGUGGUACCGUGGAUGCGAUCACGUACAAGGUCGACCAGGAACGACCGUUUCGGGUGCAGGAAGUUGUCUCGCCCACGGGGAGCAAUUGUGGCUCAAGCUAUGUAAACCAAGCUCUCAAAGAAAAGGUUAUCAACCGGAUUAAAAGCACCCCCUACAAAUCGCUGCCCGGGGCGUCAGUGGAGUAUACCAUCGAAAAUUGGCUCAUGACCACGUUUGAAUAUGAUAUUAAACGAGAAUUUCUACCCGAGGACGGAUUAGAGGGAAACAUGGUACUGGCCGUUCCUGGUCUUCGGAGGAAUGAAAAACUGGGAUUUGGGAGUGGAACCAUCCAUAUUGCGAGACGCGAGGUUGCAAGCCUUUUCACGUCCAGCUUGCAAGGUAUAAGCAAACUCAUCAGCCAGCAGAUCAGGGCUGUCGCAAGCAAAGGCCUGAAUGUUGAGAAGAUACUCCUCACCGGCGGCUUCUCAGAAGCCCCAAUUUUCCGUGCGCAUAUAGAAGCGGAAUUCAAGGGUUUGAAGCCGAUGUAUGCGCCCAAGCGUCUGUGAGUCGGUACCGAAACUUGGUUUAAAGCUCAAUUCACUCA